AUUUUAGCUUCCAAAUCUUCUUAAUGAGAAGUGAUAAUAAUGUAUGGGUAUUAUCACCCAAGAUGAAAACAAUUGGUGUAACUGGAAAGUACUUAUCCAAGAUGGAGGGUAGUCUGCCAAUAUGUAUACUAUACAUCAAGUAUCAGCAUCCUGGUGGGGAUUCUCCAGAAGUCACAAGCUCAGUUAAGAUCUUUGAGGAAGACGAUUUGUCACCUACUAGCAAUCAGCAACAUACUGGAGAAAAACCUCAAGAAGAACACAAAGAGUUUCCAAGAAGAGUAAGAACAGUAAGAUCUUCUCCAUCCCAUGGAAGGCAGGCAAGACGCACAAGAUCAGCUCAUCUAAGGCGCAGAAAGAUGGCAACAUUUUCAAAUGAAGAGGGUCCAUUUUCAGACAAAACUGCCCGAAGAGUUUUUCUCAGGAAAAUAUAUCUCAUGUUGACAAUUCAUCUGAGCGUCACUGUUGGUAUAAUCUGCAUGUUCAUCUACUGGAAAUACCUUACAAUAUGGGUACGUAGGCGGCCAUGGUUUUCUUAUACCCUCGUACCAGCACUCCUGAUACUGGCUAUUGCAUUAGCCUGUUGUGACCAUGCCCGCAGAAAAUUCCCACUGAAUAUCAUUUUGUUAUUAAUAUUUACAAUGCUUGAAGGUACCUUACUUGGAUCAAUUGCUGUCUUUUUUGAUGCAGAAUCAGUGAUGUGGACUGUUGCUGCCACCACAGUGAUCAUGUUUGGAUUUUCUAUUUUUUUACUUCAAUCAAAGUGGGACCUUACCAUUACAUCUGGAAUCUUGUUCAUUUUAUGUUUUGUGGUAGUAAUUUUUGGACUUCUUGCUGCUAUCCUGCAAUCAAUGUGGCUACGGAUAGUAUCUGGAGCCUUUGGAACAGUACUUUUUAGCGUAUAUCUGUUGGUGGAUACACAACUAAUGCUGGGAAAGACGCACCACUACCGCCUGGAGCCUAAUGACUACAUUUUUGCUGUACUGAAUGUAUACAUUGACAUUAUCAAUACGUGUUUAUUUGUACUGAAAUUUGUUGGUUUUUUGAAGUGAAAAGUAUGCUGACUCAAUAAAAAGGAUUGCUAUAGAUGCUGCAUGAGCAAAAAUGUGAAAAUUACUUCUAGAGAAACAAAAUAAACCAUUAUAAUAUGAGAAAGCAAAGUGACUAGUUACAAAAACUUGGACACUACUGUGGGAUGAUAUUAUGCACCCUGCACAUGUACCUGUAUUUCUAUUUCUAAUGUAUUAAUACUCUGUGUGAAGAUUUAAUAGUAGUAGUGAAUUUUGUGAUGUGAACUCUCAGAUAUUGAAAUCUAGGAGGUUGCAAUUGGAGGUGUAGCAGCUCCGCCUGGACAUGCUGUUUGUAGACCUUCCAACCUUCCUCUCUCUUCACUUUCCAGUCAUGAAAAGGCUGACUCUUCUCAGAACCAGAAGUGUUUUGCCUGAGGCUCCGCCUCCUGGGGGGAUUCUUAAAGGGACAGGGCGACGAAGGCUUCAAAUGCAAAGAGGCUGUACAGACUGAUCCCCCAAAAACUGUACAUAAAAUAUUAAUCCUCCUAACGAAAAUGGGCAUAGGGAUAAACAAUGAGGGUCUGCAUGGGGCAUGAUAGGAAUCUUCUGGCUAGAUGACUGUCGGCGUAGCAUCAAGGAUGCUUUAUUGAUGAAAAAGAUUAUUUAUGAUGCUCAUUAAUGAGAGCGCACUGGACUAAUGACACCAUCUGACUUCUCUUGAUUGUACGAUAUGCUGAGUAUAUCUCACAACUGCUUUCUUCUUUAUUCUGAGGAUAGCAUUCAAGUUAGUUUGGGUUAUUUUCUUUUUGACUGAUAGUCUGAUUACAGUUUAUCUGGUUACAUAUUUCACAAAAUCAAAUAAAAAUAUUUUAAAAAACCCAUCCGUUACAGCACUAUUUUCCUUCCAUAUACUAGUUCUCUGUACUAACACAGGAUUUGCUGAAAUUAUAGACAAAUAACGAGGCAGAUUAAAAAUUAGUUUAAGUAAUAAAUGUUUAAUCAAAGAAUUUUACAUAUUAUUAACAGCAUUCAUUUGGCCAAACAUCUACAUGGUUGUAAUAUUCUAUUGUAUAUAAAGUGGGAAUGUAUCAAGUAUAGACUAUGAAAGUGCAAAUAGCAUUUUCAAGAUUAGAGUACUUUUUUACAUUAUAAAAUUAAACUGGUUUAUAAAAUAGGCUUGCCAAAAUUUCUUUCUGAAUUGUAAAUUCAAUGACUGGGGUGGUCUUAAAUUUUCAAUAUGUAGCAGGAAAAUACAAAUUUAAUAUGCUAAACUUCAUGCUCAGAAUAAAGUUAACACAGAAACUAUGAAAUAUACUGCACAAUCUAAACCAAGUUACAGAAAAACCAGAACCCACAGACUUCACUAUCAUCACAGAGAGCACUCAUACAAAUCUUUUCUUAACUUUGCAAGACAUCUUAAUGCACUACACCAAAUGUGUGUGAGAAUCAUCCUAUUUAGAAAUUAAAACUUAAGGAAGUUGUAUGUGCAUUUCAAAUUAAAGUAAAAGACUAAUUAAGGAGGACAGAAUUUUUAAGACCUUUUUUAGGUUUAAAGGAUUAUAUCCCAAACAAAUGUUUAAAUAGACAAUUUUCCGAGUCUGGAAAAGAGGAAUUCAGCAUCAAUACUUUCAGGACAGGGUAAUUAGAAGCUAAGCUAGAAAAUGUAAUGGAUCUACAGAAUACAGUAAUAGAGCAGCAGACUAUUCUUUCUAAAGAAAUGUCCAGGAGAAACUUAUUUUCUUCUGAUUUUUUGAGUAAAUAAUUAAUAUGUAGUUAUUUAGCAUUAUCAGCUGCAGAGUCUGAGAGAUUCCAAUAGUAAUUGUUAAAUGAAAAGGAGUAACACUUUUUUCUUGUAACUCACAUUAAUCAAUAUACAUACAACCUUAUUUGCCAUCAUAAUACAUAACUGUACAUAGUCAGUAGUGAGAAACCUUUAUUUCAAACGUCAGCAGAUCUCUCAUAUCAAGUUGAACAUAAAAAUGGAGCAUUUCACUUAUUUUGCUUGUGACACCCUAGGCUUUGAUUAUAUGUGAGCAAAACAGUAAUCGGAACAAUUUCUUCUAGUUAAAUUACAUCACUGUAAAUUACAAUGAGGUUUGACACUUUGAAGUCCAUCUCAACAAGAAUUUUCUUUACAGUAGGACACCACUAAGGAAGGAGUUUCUUCUUUAUUUUUUUUACAUGAAACAGCAACCAUACACCAAACAGACGUUGUGCAAUUGCAAGAACACA